AUUUGUCCUUAUGAUUGCGGAGGAAGCGUGAGGGGAAAAUGUGAGACGCCCGGCAAAUGUAAAUGUAACCCAGGAUAUGUAGGAGAGUAUUGUCUUUCAGUUGGCUCCUGCUCUCACUUACGUCCUUGUUUUCCUGGAUACUGCAAGGGAGAUAACACCUGCCAGUGCUUGAACAAUUUCUCCCCACAAAACUCAAAAGGGAUAGGAAACUGCCUGAACUUUCCCAGCAGUCCCGAUCACUACUACCCAGCAAUUGAGCAGAGUACGAUAGACUUUGGCUAUUACAGCCACACGAAAAACAUGCUUAUGUUUAACAUGACGAUAGAUUCAGCUAUGAGUGAAGGGAAUAAGGAAGUUUUCUGGACUAAUCGUAGGGACCUUAACAUCAUGAUUUUCACUUUUCAGUCGAUUUUUAGCUCCGAUACUUUGAAUCUACCUACAAGGCCUGGUUAUGUGAUUCAACACGAGUUCGGAAUCGUAGAGGCAGACAUCAAUGUUAAGCAUAAAGAUUUUAGUGGUCGAGUAAAGUACAACACAACUUUGCCUUGUGAUGGAGUUAGCAGAGACAGUCCAAUACAUGACAUCCUUGUUCAGUGCAGACAGCGUAUCGCUCCCUUUGAUGUACGUUUCGACUCUGGUGAUACGUAA